UACAACCAUGACACUUGUUCUCUUCUCUUCACUCAGUUCUCAACAGUGGUGUCAGAGCAGAUGCUUCUUAACUGUACUGUCCUCCUGGGCUGCAAACUGGUGUCUGCAGAGCUGCCUGUACUCUCUCCCUCUGAGUGUGGCGGAGGUGAUGGGGUCGUUGUGGUUGCUGGUUCAGGGUCAGAGCCUCCUGUCCGAGCUCUGCUGGAGCAGCUAGCUGAGCUGUGGGAAAGAGACUGCUGUUCCGCCGCCCCGCUCCACCUGCUCUUCACCCCGCUCACUGUCACUGCUGUGCUAAAGGCCAGCGACACUGAGUGGAACAACUACCUGUUCCUGGUUAGAGAGCUGGUGGACAGAGGAGCCUUGAGGGACGAAGAGGUCGUAUCUCAUUGGAAGAAGUUAACAAACUUGGCCUUGCCAGCGGAGCUGAUAGAGAAUUUUCAGCUGCGGUCACAGAGCAUUAAACCCUUGUUGCCUCUGGCUCAGCUGCAGAGCCACAUGGAGAUGCUGCAGGUCUCACAACAGACAGUAGAGGGCGCUACAUGACAACAGUCUCACAACUCGGCAUCUUUUCUGUGAUCGCCACAGUGCUCCAUGUCACAUCUGUCAAAGUGUUUUUCAAGACAGAUCUGGGUAACUCUUUGUUGUUGACCAGUUUUUGAUUUCGCCACUGCUGUGCAUCAAAGCUGUUCCACAGUCAGCCUCUGCACAGUCUUUGCAAGCCCCUGACUUUUGUUCUCCACCUGUGAAGUGACAGCAGCCUUUCAUGAAUCCCUGUGCUCUUUUGCAAAGCUGCCUGUGAGAACCAGAAAGCCCUACCAGUCAGAAAGUAGCCAGAGGCCCACACCACCUCACUCCUUAAGAUCUGUUGAACUUUCCUGCAAGCAAACAUGGUAGAUUGUGUCCGAAGGGAAAUACUGGUACAUUUCAAACAGCCAAUACCUUUGCACAGAAUUGGCAAAGACAGAAGAGGGGUCAUCCUCUAACUUAUUAGGAUUCAAACUAAGAAACUGUCACUUAAAGACUGAAACAUUUUCUCCAAAUUUUAAACUUUCAACCAGACAAGCCAUAGUUUGUAAAGACACAUUUGUUACUACAAUGGAUUUUAAAAAUGUGAUUUUUUUUCUUUGGUGGUUUUUGAAUUCACCUGAUAAAAUAAAAUGUCUUAAUCAUUUUAGAAUAGCACUUUCACACACUGCCUUUGACCGCCACUACUAGUGACUGCAGGUUUAUUUCAUGAAUGCGAGACUGCGUUUGUGAUUGUUUUUAGUUCAUGUUGAACCAGUGUUGUAUGCAUUGUUUGCUGCUUUUAAAUUGAAAUAUCUUUUUUACGUUACCUAGAUAUUAAUAAUAAAGAAGUAUUCUGCGUUAAAUGGUUGUGUGCUUUUAU